CAAUGUAACAUAAAAAGAAAUUGGAGAUGCAUUUGAAUAGCUUAAAGGUGCAGGAUGAAAGAUCGUGUUUUUCUAAAGUUCCUGGUUCACAAAAUCUUAUAAAAUGGUUCUGAUUGAAUUAGGACCGGUUAGCCCGUAGCCCACAACAUCAUUUUUUCUUUGCGACUUGAACUAUUCCCAUCUUCUGAACAAACACUUGCAAGCUGUACAUUAAGAUAGAGUCGACGGCAGACGGCAGCAAAGAGACGACGGCGCACGGUGGGCGACAGCACAAAGUGGAUUCAACGGCUUGAUGGCAGCGGUGGUACAGUUGGCGAAGAAGAAUCAAGGCCAACAUCAAUCUUUCAGCUUAUUCUAUAUUCGUCUCUGAUAACACUGAAAUUUUGAGGAAGUGGUUCUCUGGGCUGAGUAAAGAAAUUGCUAUUUGAUGUAUAUAACAACUCUACUGGUCCCUUUUUCUCAAGGAACUUUCUGUCUCCUUUGUUGAACCUCCCAAGUGUAUUUUAGAUACUUCUGACCCUUCUAGACAUGGAGGCACCUGGCUUCCCGGUUCUGUCCUCAACAUUGCUGAUUGCUGUUUGCAACCCAGUUCUCAUCCCUACAAACCAGAUGACAGUUUAGCCAUCGUUUGGAGAGAUGAAGCUUUUCAUGAUUCCGAGAUUAACCGUAUCACGCUUAAACAACUCCGACAACAAGUAAUGAUGGUAGCUAAAGCAAUAGUUGCCACAUUCUCAAAGGGAGAUGCAAUAGCAAUUGACAUGAAAAUGACAGCAAAUGCCGUAAUCAUCUAUUUAGCCAUUGUCCUAGCAUGAUGCACUGUAGUCUCUGAUAGUUUUGCACCAAAAGAGAUUGCAACUUGCCUUCGUGUUUCCAAAGCAAAGGGUAUCUUCACACAGCAUUAAGGUUUUUUCAGUGGGUUCUCUUGUUGGGUUGGUGAUUCUUCUCCCUAUCAAUUAUGGUGUCCAAGAGGUUCAAAUGGGAGUUACUUUUCAAUGGAUUCUAUCACAAUAUCUAAUGUUAAAAUAGGUUCAAAUAGUUCAAGGGACAACAGUGAUAUUGUGAAGACAGUGGAGAGACAUAAAGCGGUGAUGGAAGAAUCUGAAAAAAAAGAAAAAAAAGAAGAAAAAGGAGAACAAGUUGUCUGGAGUUGGGGUGCUGGAACCGAGGGUCAGUUAGGAACAAAGAUUGUUAAGGAUGAGCUCUUCCCUCAACUCCUUCGCCAACCCUCUCUCUCUUCAAUCUCUUCCCUUGCAUGUGGCGGGGCUCAUGUCAUAGCCUUGACCUUUGCUGGGAAGGUAUUUUCAUGGGGUAGGGGCAAUUCUGGGCAACUAGGCCAUGGGGAGGUUGUGAAUAAGGCUUUGUUUCCCAAGGUUGUAACGUCAUUGGAUGGCUACUUCAUAACCAAUGUCGCUGCUGGGUGGAGCCACUCGGGUUUUGUUUCAGAUUCUGGGUGUGUCUUCACUUGUGGGGAUGGGACGUUUGGUCAACUGGGACAUGGAGAUUAUGCCUCACACUGUUCUCCUGUCAAAUUGACAUGUUUUGGUGAUCAGCGUGUAGCGCAGGUUGCAUGUGGAAUGCGUCAUUCCCUGGUCUUAUUGAAAGAUUGUAUAGGAAAUCAAGUUUAUGGAUUUGGCUCUGGGAAGCGUGGUCAGCUGGGUGUCAGCAACGAUAAGGUCAAAUCUGUUAAUGUUCCUAGAACUGUUACUGGCUUUGAAAGUGUUGAAAUCAUUGGAAUUGCUGCAAAUGGAGAUCAUAGUGCUGCAGUAUCUGUAUCUUUAGUUGAUGGGCACGUUUAUACUUGGGGAAGAGGCUUCAAGGGCUUUGAAGAUGCUCACCUUCCUCGUUGCUUAAAUUCUUCUUUUAAUUUUAUCAAAGUUGCUCUGGGAUGGAACCAUGCUUUAGCAAUGACCGGUGAGGGAGAGGUUUAUAUGCUAGGUGGAAACCACCAUGGAGUGCUUAGUGAUCUUCAGAACAUAAGCCCCCCAGCCAAGCAUAAACCUGUAGAUUUAAGAGAAGUCAAUUUGGAGAAAGUCCCUGGCCUUGAUGGGAUGAAGAUUACUGAUAUUGCUACCGGAGCCGAGCAUUCUGUCAUUGUCACAGAUAAUGGAGAAAUAAGAACAUGGGGUUGGGGUGAGCACGGCCAACUUGGUUUAGGAGAUACUUGCGAUCAAAUCAGUCCUGUUACAGUAAAUGUAGGUUAUGAUCUGAAUGAAACUGAAUCAAUUAAAGUUUUCUGUGGAAGCGGGUUCACAUUUGCUGUAACUAUGCCCUAUAUUCUCCUCACUUAAAGUUUACAUUUACAAUCGCUUUGGCCUUGUUCUGAACUUCCGAUGAGAGUGAUAGAAAUGGUACAUUCCGAGAAUGUCCCCUCACAAAUUUGAGAACCUUGAAGGAGAGUGACUAUGGGUGAUCGUCUUCUCAAUCACAAAAUAAUAUAUAUAUGUUCCAAGUUUUUCCAAUUUAUGGACUUUGCUGAAACUCAUUUUUAGUCCAUUUAAUGCCUGUCAUUCUCCCAACAGAAAGUGAAAGGAGUUUCUUAUUAUAUAUUCGAAUUGACUGGGACUUUGGAAUGUCA